CGAUGCAAGAUGACGCCUGAGAUAGGCACAGGCUCCCCGUGACCCGAGAAGUUCGGAUAAGCGGUAGAAAAUGAAUGAAUGAAUGAAUGAAUAUUAACAAUGAAGCUCAAAGGUUCUCCAUGAGGUCUGCAGUUCGAGGCGUAUGAUCAUUUAGGAUCCAGCUUUGGUCACCUGAAUUUAGACCCAAGCAUGUGGUAUGUUUUUACAGCUGGUCAAACAAACAAAACACUCAAUUAGUCCAUGGUGAACACAGCACGUUAAUGAAGUGGACUCGUACGUCAACAUUUUUGGAAGGUACACUGUUAAAGUGCCUUUCUUACAUCCUCACAGUGAUCGGAUGUUCCUCGCUGCACUGCCUGGAUUUCCCGUAUCCCUGAGGAAGGACUUCAUGUACCGUGACCUGCAACAGCUGCAACAUGACAUCAUUACUAACUUUGAGAUGAAUCUCAAACCUUUCAGUACUUUACUACACAAAGUACUGAAACGUUCACCAGAACACUCAAACCCUCUGCCUCCAGUUAUGUGGAUUCUGGUAACUGCUCAAGAUAAUUUGCUCGUAUAGGAAAAUGAUCCACACCGGAGAGGGUUUUUAAUUUGUUAUUCCUUUUAUACCACAGUAAUUUGCCGACGAUUACACAUUUUAAAUCAUUACAGGUCCAAAAUGUCAUUUUUUUAACUAUUUGUUAUUACAUUUAAUCUUGUGGCGCAUCUAAGAGACAACUAAUAGCAUGAUGACAGUGGAAUAUUUCCCUCAGAUAUAGCAGUUAUCACUAAGAUAAGACAAAAAAGUGAGAAACUGUGACGACAAUUUUAUGGAGUUUUGGGGGUGUCACCACAUGCAAAUGAGCUUUGUUAAGAACGUGCUUAGUAUAUGUCAGUCACCGCCUUACGCCUGAUCCCAUGUCGGAGGCUGAGCUCAACAGGUCCAGGCCUGAAGAAAGUCAUCCCAUGGAAAGUCUAUGGCAAAAUUGCUAAACUAACCGGUGCUAUUAUACUGGGCGGCUGCGUUUUCAUCACGUACGAGGUCAUCACGCUAAACCAGGCGGUCACCGUCGACACUCAGGCGAUUCUCCAAGAAAAACAGAAGUCUUAUAUCUACCUAACCCCCAUCACUAAGGUAGAACAGGAGACCCUUGGCACCAAUCUUACUUAUAAAGCAAGGAAGGAGCUUCAUAUAGCGGCCAGAAAACUGAUCGAAAUUUCAUCACGAGUCCUUCACCGUCCCCUGGAUGAGCACCUAAGCCAUCUGGAUGCAGAUCCUCAUGAGUUGGAUCUGUGGAUGUUGCUGAAGAGAACCGGAUCCACCAGUCGGCAGGAGCGCCUGCAGGCCGUACACAACCUGGCACACAGACACUGGCAGGAUUACCAGUACCAGACAGCGGCUCAGUCUAUAGACCAGCGCACGGCCAUAGGUCUGGCUCGGACUCCGAACGUAGACCUGCGAUUCUUUCUUCCUCCACCCACGCUGCCUAAACUGGAAGACGAGUUUUUAAUCGAGGACGGUUUGAGGCAGCUCCUGGCCUCUCUGCCCCAGUCGGGGGUGGAUCAGUGUGUGCAGUACUUCACCUCACUGGCGCUGAGAGAGAGCACUCAGUCCCUCGCUUCUCAACGGGGAGGAUUGUGGUGUUUCGGGGGAAAUGGACUGCCUUAUGCUCAGAGCCUCACCUCCAUCCCCUCUGAGAAGGUGGAGUCUUUCUGCCUGCAGGCCCUCGUACAGCACUCAAAGGUCCUGAGUCAUUGUGAUCACAUUGUUUCCAACGGAGGACUGCAGCUCCUACAGAGAAUCUACCAGCUUCGACGGGAUUCACAGAAGAUUCAGCGCAACAUUGUGCGCAUCAUCGGGAACCUGGCACUGAACGAAGCCCUACACACACACAUCGUGCAGUCAGGUUGGCUGCCCGUCCUGGCUGAGAUGGCGCGGUCUCCUCACAUCAUGCAGGCGUCUCAUGCCGCUCGCGCUUUAGCCAACCUGGACCGAGACGCCGAGGAGCAGAAAUACCAGGACGGUAUUUAUGUGUUACAUCCUCAGGGUCGCACCAGCCAGCCCAUAAAGGCGGACGUCCUGUUCGUGCACGGUCUUCUGGGAGCCGCUUUCAAAACGUGGCGGCAGAAAGACUGCGAUCUGACAGAGGUGCAGAAAUCAGCCGGGCUAUCGGAGGAUUACACCGAGUGCUGGCCGAAGUCGUGGUUAGCGGCAGACUGUCCCAACCUCAGGGUCCUGUCCGUGGAUUAUGACACGCAUCUGAGCGACUGGAGGGCCAAAUGUCCUGCUGAAAACCAGAGGACGUCUUUAGCGUAUCGCAGUGGAGAGCUGCUGAAGAAGCUAAAAGCGGCAGGAGUAGGCGAGCGGCCUGUGGUCUGGGUGGCACACAGUAUGGGAGGCUUGCUGGUGAAAAAGAUGCUCUUAGACGCGUCGAAGGAUCCUGAGCUGAGCUCGUUGGUAAAGAACACCAAGGGCGUGUUGUUCUACAGCGUCCCUCACCUCGGCACCUUCAUGGCCGAGUACUCAGUAAACGUGCGCUAUCUCCUGUUCCCCUCCAUAGAAGUCAAAGAGCUCUGCAAAGACUCUCCAGCCUUACGAGAACUGAACGAAAAUUUCCUCAACAUCGCAAAAGACAUGGAGUUUAAGGUCCUUAGCUUCGCUGAAACUCUGCCUAUGGCUGUCGGUCCCAUGAUAAACAUAUUAGUGGUUCCUGCUGAGUCAGCAGAUCUGGGUCUCGGAGAUCUGAUAGAAGUUCCCGUCGAUCAUCUGAACGUCUGCAAGCCCGAGAAGAAGGACACGUUUCUCUACAAACGGAGCUUGCAGUUUAUUCAGGACGCUCUCGGAGGAGAGAUAAUCGACUGAAAGUUUGUUGUUUUGUGGGGCAUCUUCGGGAUUUUUCUUCACAGGAAGUCAGAAGAAAAUGCAACACGGGAAUCUACAUAAAUAUUAAACUAAUAACAAUAAUAACAAUAACAAUAAUUAUUGUUAUUGUUAUUAUUAUUUUUAUGAUAAUAAUAAUAAUAAUUGUAAUUAUAAU